UGGGGUUGCAUCUGAGGGGAUAGUGGAGGAGCACGACUUGGACAGGGAGGGUUGGGGUCAGAGGGCAGGUGCCUGAAUAGGGGGAGGUGCUAUUUGGAGAGUAAUGCUAAAAAUGAUUAACGUUGUUGGUCUGUGUGAAGAAGCUCCUGAAAGGUUAAUGUCUUUCCUUUAGGAUCAAGUAGAAGUGAACGGGUUUUCGAAUCCACCGUUGAUAAAUAUGCAUGCGGAGUGGUUGUAAGCCUCUAGACUGGCUCAGUAAUUAAGCAGGUUAAUAGGUUAGUAGACUGCACAACCGACAGGGGUAAAAGAAAACGCCUGCAGAAACGCCUCCUAGGAUAAUCCUCUGUCUCGGCUAAAGAUUGGAAUGAAGGGGGAGAUGAAAAAUGAUUUGCCAAGGUUGAUGCCUCGUGAACUCUAUAUUUAUAUCCUUGGAAGUCACUCCCACUUUUAUAUACUUGGAAAUCACUUCCAGUGACUCAACUGAGGAAUAUUCCCAAAUUGUGUGCAGGAUUGGAACUGAACUCUAUUACAGUCAAGUACCAUUCUCUCUGGAAGAGACAGGGUUUAUGCUAGUAUAUUUGUGAAUGGUGGGUGUGAAGUUUCUACUCUUCUAAGGUGAACCCUAAAGCAAGCCAUUUGUUUUUUUGUGAAACACUAUAUAGUACACUGAUUUCGGAAGAAAUCUACAAAGCCCAGAGGGGGUAUGACUUAUGAUGGGUGAGUGUAUCAUAAACUCUAAACUCUGUUCCCAUGAGCAGGUUGUGUAGGACCACUUCAAGAUGAGCCGUUUCCUGAAUGUACUCCGUAGCUGGCUAGUUAUGGUGUCCAUCAUUGCAAUGGGGAACACAGUGCAAAGCUUCAGAGAUCACAGCUUUCUCUCUGAGAAACUAUACACAGGAAAACCAAACCUUGUAAAUGGCCUCCAAGCCCGAACCUUUGGCAUCUGGACCUUGCUCUCUUCUGUGAUUCGCUGCUACUGCGCUAUUGAUAUUCGCAACAAGACCCUCUACAACAUCACGCUUUUGACCUUCUUCAUUGCACUGGGCCAUUUUCUCUCUGAAGUGUUUGUUUAUGGCACAGCAGCCGCAACAAUUGGUGUCCUGGCCCCCCUAAUGGUGGCAAGUUUCUCCAUCCUGGGGAUGUUGAUUGGACUGCAGUAUCUGGAAGUAGAAAUAACAUCACAGAACAAGAAACGGAACUGAAGUUACAGCUCCUGUAUCCAUUCGAUCUGCCUGCUAGCCAUCUGCCAGUGUGUACCACCACAUUACCUCCCUGACAUUUCCUUCCUCGCCUUUUACCCUACAAGCAGCCAGAACAUAUCUGGACAUCUCUAUCAUCUUUUUGUACCCAGUUGCUAUUGAUCUGAACAGGCAACACUUGAUCUGUGAUCAAUGGCAAGAACACAGCCCUACACAGCUGUUCCAAGCUGGCUGUGACUUUCGCUGAUGGAGGGCACUGUCUCGAAGCAUCCUCAGUUCCAGUGGUGGGAAUUAGGGGGCCUGAUGCAAGUUGUGUCAAGUAAAGAGACUAGAUUCUCACCCUCUGACUUUUGUCGGGCAUCCAACAGAGAAGAAAUAUAGUGUUGCCCAGGAGUCAUUGGUUACUGGGACAGUGAGUCAGGCAAAUGUCUUAGUGGCAUUUGUAGCAGCCUGUAUCUUUGUCCAUACACGUGGUUUUUAAUAAGCAGGAGAAGCUGCCACUUUUUAUCUGUUAGGGAGAGAUGUUGGAUUGUCUCCCUGCAGAUCUUAGCACAAGGUACAGUGACCUUUUGAGUUCUUCAACGAAGAAGUUCCCGUGAAACAGCAUUGGUGCUUUUUCCAUUAAUGGAAAACACUGCACAUUUGGAUUAACUUCUCAGAUUUUCCUCCCUCUUCUUACCAAGGUAGCAGAUUUAUUCCACCAGUCUCCCUUUAGCUUGCCAAAUCCAAGUGGAAACUGGAGAUUUCUUAUAUAGGGCUAUUCCCAAAUGCAUAUGUAAGCUGGCCCAAACCCAGCCUGGGAAAGAUGUGUGUGUACCAUGCUACCUUUGUUAAAUUUCUGUUAUGUUGCUUUAGGGUAAUUCUAGAAGACAUGUAGAAAAGGAAUGAAGGGCCCAAAAGAAAGAUUGAUUUGGCAGAAAGAAACCAGGCUACCCUCUUAAAUACUGUCUUACUGUUUGUCAUAAUUACUGCCACUGCUGUAAUCACGCAGAUGAUAAUUCAUCUACCUCUCUUUACCAGAAUACCACACAUAAGUGGAUUAGCUUCAACUAGUACUAAAAUCAACUGCUAGAAUUCUGACAGGUUAUCUGACUGAAGCCACAUUUCACCAAUUCUAAAGGAACUACAUUGCCUGUCUAUGUAUUACCAAGCCCACAUUAAGGAGCUGCUGCUUGCUUUUAAAGUUUGGGACCCAAAUAUCUGAUGGAGCACCUCUUCACGUACCCAAGUUCCCAUAUAUUAAGAUCAUUGGAUGAGGCCCUUCUCAAAGGUUCCUUGCCAAGAGGUGUGUGACACAUCCACAAAGGACAGGAUCUUUUUAGUGGUAGUGUCCCAGUUCUGGAAAGAGCUCCUAAAAAAGGUACAACUGACAUAGACAAUGCAUUCUUUUUGCUACCAAGUUAAAACGUUUCUCUUUGCCAAGACCUUUUAAGCUGAUCUCAUUCCUUUUAACUAGUUGAAUUAUUUUUUGUAUGCCUUUCAGCUAUGUCUUAAUGAUUAUGACUAUGUUUUUUUAAAUUGUAGUUUUAAUACUGCAUUGCUUAUUUUUAUGUGUACCAUCCAGGAAUCCAUUGUUGAAGGGUCAGUAGAUCCCUUAAAAAUCCCUUGUUUAUCAGUUAAUGCAGCAUCAGCCAAACCAUAAAGACAAACCAGGCAACAACCUGGGGUACCGCAAUUUCAGGAUUCUCUGCCUCAGCAAUGUAAAUGUUGCAGAGAAACGCUUUUGAAGGAGCAGCAAAGAAGCAAGUUAAAUUGUUGUGGGCUGAGUGAUAUUCCUGACAUUCUAAAUGUCUCAGCAUUUUCACCAUCCCCUCCACCCCGCUGCAUCUCUUUAAUCCAAGACUGAGCUUGCUCAUUUUGAUGUUGGUGCACAACAGAUCUUUCUAAGCAAGAUGGUUAAGGAAUGACAAAGGCUUGAUUUUUUCUUCUUUUCCAUGCAUGCUUAUGAAGUGUGGAUUCUAUUAUAAUGGUGAUGGUGCCCAGCAUUUAGUGCCACUAAAUUAAUGUGUACUAUAAAUGGUAUCCUAAGUUAUUGAAACUGAAAAUAAAAAUAAGAUAACUAUGCUGAUC